UUUAUUUUAGACGCUCCGGCUUGCUCACAAAACCCUGAAAACAAAAACAAGAAGAAAAAGACUUUGUUAAACCCCUAGAAAGAAAUGGCGAUAGCUAUGACAAGAGCAACCACCGUAGCGGCGACGGCAGGCAGUGCACGUGGACUCCGAUCACUAUUCUCAACCGUCUCAACUAAUUUCCCUUUUGCUUCACAAACCACCAAUCAACCACAAAGACCCCAGGCUGACCCUUCCACUAAUCUCUUCGUUUCAGGGCUUAGCAAACGCACAACUGACGAGGGGCUUCGAGACGCCUUUGCCAAGUUUGGUGAAGUGAUUCAUGCCAGAGUCGUAAAGGAUCGAGCAUCGGGUUGGUCGAAAGGGUUCGGAUUUGUUCGAUAUUCGACACUUGAAGGGGCUGCUGCUGGUAUAGAGGGCAUGGAUGGAAAGUUUUUGGAUGGUUGGGUUAUAUUUGCCGAGUAUGCCAGGCCAAGAGAUGCGCCUCCACCACCUCCUUCCUAUGGGAAUAAUCCAUAUGGCAACCGAUAAAGUGAUUUUUGGAUUAAAAGUAUCAUUAACAUUGAGGAUCAAUUGAUGAACUACGUUGUAUGUGUUAUUCACAUCAAUGAUAUUUAUUAGUCUUUAGCUGUGUUGGGAGUUGAACACUGAAAGUUUUGAUCGAAAUUUGUUCUAGCAGAUUUAGCAGUUUGCAGGUCUGCAGGGUUUAAAUUUAUGUGUUCAUAAUAAACAAUCAUCAGUUUGUAUGUUGGAAAACUAUAACCGUUGUCAUUUACUUAUUUUAGUCACUGAUGCAGAGCGCAUUGGUAAUAUUUAUGUGUUACUUUAUUCA